CCUACCACAAACACAGCAGCUCCAACCACAACUACAGCAGCUCCAACAACAACUACAGCAGCAGCUCCAACAACUACAGAAGCUCCAAUGACAACAAGUUCAGCAGCUCCAACCACAACUACAGCAGCUCCAACAACAACUACAGCAGCAGCUCCAACAACUACAGAAGCUCCAAUGACAACAAGUUCAGCAGCUCCAACAACAAGUUCAACUGAUCCAACAACAAGUUCAACUGAUCCAACAACAAGUUCAGCAGCUCCAACAACAAGUUCAACUGAUCCAACAACAAGUUCAACUGAUCCACCAACGACAAAUCCACCAACUCCAAUAACUACAGCAUCUCCAAUGACAACUAGAACAGCUCCAACUACGACAACUACAGCAGCUUCAACAACUCUAGCAGCUCCAAUGACAACUACAGUAGCAGGAGGUGCGUGUGCUUCAAGCCCAUGUCUCUGUGGAAGCACCUGUGAAGAACGUGCUAACCCGACUUAUGUGUGCUUGUGUCUGGCUGGUGAAGCUUAUGGUCCUCGAGGCUGUCAAAAGGCCAAAGUCUUCCCUGGACUGCUAGUCUGGAAGAUAAAAUAUGAUCCUGAAAUGUGUGACAAAACAUCACAAAUAUUUAAAGAGACUUCAGAUAAAAUUAUUGAUUUGGUUGACAAAGAGUUUGAAAAUAAAACUGGACACAUUUCAUCUUUAGUGCUGGAGCUCUGCGAGACAGAUGGAUGGGAGACAGGCAACGUUGAAGCAUCACUACAAAUCAUUUUUGAAACAACGUCUGACAUCAAAGAAGACACUGUAACAGAAACAAUGAUGAAUCUAACCUGCGAAAACUGUCCAUUGCAAGGAAACUUUGCAUCCAAAAACCUUUGUGAUUCCAAACCAUGUGACAAUUCAUCUACAACAUGUAAACCUACAGCCGGCAGUUUCACAUGCAGCUGUGUAGAUGGCUACAUUAACACAGAUUACAGUGACAGAUUAUGCAUGGCAUGUCCCCCUGGUCAGAAAGCUGUGAACAAUAAAUGUAAACCAUGUGACUUUGGUCGUACUGGCUUGAACUGCGAGGAUGAAUGGUUGUUGAUCUUCGUGAUCAUUUCCUCUGUCCUCGGAUUCCUGCUGGUCGUCACGUUGAUCGCUCUGCUAGUGGUAGUAAAAAAAUUCAAGAGGACCAAAUUCUUCAGGACCAAACAGGAAGACAUUAGGAAGCCGUUCCAAAUCCCAUCUCUUGCCAAAGGCCCGCUGUCCAGCAACAGCAAUGGCUUUUACACCUGGCUCAAAGAGCCAGAAGGCAGCCUGGCAAAUUCUGGGAUCCCACGAAUCCUGCGGGCCAACACCAUCAACAACUGGGACAACCUGGAGAUGACUCAGCAGAACAACGAGCAAAACUCACCAUUUGAUGACAACCAGGUUGACAUGGUCUCAUUCUCCCAGAGUUAACUCAAGAAGAACCGCAAUGUCCAGAACUGAGACGCAAAACCUUAUGCUCAGAUCCAAGAUCAGAGGGAAGCUGAAUCACUUCAGGGGUUCCUAUAGUGGUGUUUUUCCCAAAACACUGUAAUUUAUUAGAACCCUUUUGAUGUAAAACAUGUAAACAGAAGCAUUUCAGCUAAGAUGUGCAAUGUAAUGUAGCAGAUAUUGUUGUAUCAUGUGUUCCUUAAUACUUUUAGCUGCAACUGUGUGACUUAUACUCCGCUCUGCUGUAAGUUGUCUUAAACCAGUUUGCCUUUCAUGAAGUUUGAUUUAUAAUUACAAUCUCAGUCACCCAAUCUCUCAGUUCUGUAUGUUAAUUGAACUUAAAUAUAUAAUCCUUUUUAUUUUCACUGAACAAAAGCUAAGAGAAGAGCUCUUGGUCAAAUAUUUGUUUUGUUCAUUUUUGAAUUUACUAGAGUUGCUUUUCAGGUUUAAUUUGAGUCUCAGUUUUAGGUUUAACUAAGUUUUGGUGAAUGAGACGAGCCGAAAUUUGAUCCAAAUCACAAAAUAUGAAGAUAUUCAGUUUCUUUCAAUAUAUAAAAAUGUGUUGUAUAAAAAUAAAAUGAUUUAUAAUAUAAUUGCAGCAGUUUGGAAAAGAAUUUUUCUAUUUGUGUUGCCUUGUGUCAUCUAAUAUUUAACCGAAAAGCCAGAAAUCAGACAUUAACUGUUAAUCUUCUUUUUGGAAUUUCUGAUAGCAUUUUUAAUUCAUUAACAAUAAAGGUUGGAUUGCUGGCUUUUGAGUUUCAAAUGUUUUAUAAGGGGUUCUUGCUGUGAUGAGCACAUUUAAUGUUACCUUUGAUUGAGACGGUUCAGACAGUAUUUCUGUUACUUUAAGACUGGUAUUUUCAAAAGGAAAUUUUAAUCUCAUUGUUGAUUAAGACUGUAUGUCUUAUUACAUUUGGUCUUUCUUGUACAGAUAAUCCUCCGGGUGUAGAAUUGUUCAGUUGAGUGCAAAUUAUAUUGCUCCAGCAGCUAUAAAUCAAGGUUUGGUUAAUAAGCCACUUGACAAAUAGCAUACAAUAGUUGUUUUUUUUCCAACAGUUGUUAUUCUGGUGAAAGAACCGUGAGCUCUGGAGUACCACAGGGAAGUGCUCUUGGAUAGUAACUGUACACUAUUUAUACUAAUGAUUUACCUUCUGUGCAUAAUGAUGCAAGGACUAAAAGAAAACUAAAAUAAUUGUUUCUGGGUCAAAUAUCUGAUAAAAAAAAACUAAUUAAAUUUUUACAACGUUUAAGCAGUUGUCAGGCUGUGAACUGAAUAUGACAGUUAUAAGCAGUUAAGCAUAUAACUGCAAUUUACAUGUAUUCUGUCAUGUUGUCUUGCAUA